AGCGCAUUUAAGCUUUCGACCGCAGGCAGGGCAAGGGCACAUUCUUACGGCGAUGGGAAGAACCUCUCUCCUCCGGCCUUCUCGCCUCCUACCUCUCCUCCGUCACAACAACCCACUCCAAACAUCUUCCCGAAAUGCCCCUCCUCUUUCCUCCCUUAUUAAAACCCCAAUUUCCCAAACUACCCCUUCAUUUCUUUCUCCCCUCUCUGCUUCCAUCUUUCUUCUAUUUUCCGAAGCCUCCACUCUCCGUACCUUCUCCUCAUCUGCAGUUGCAGGUCCCUCAAAUAUUGUUCUUAUUGAGUCUGAAGAAGAACUGAACAGCUCACUGAAUAAGGUUCAAGGUAACAGCUUGCCUGCAGUUUUCUACUUCACAGCAGUAUGGUGUGGACCUUGCAGGUUCAUAUAUCCUUUCAUCGAGGAAUUGAGCAAGAAAUACCCUCAUGUCACCACGUAUAAGAUUGAUAUUGAUAAGGAGGGUCUUGGAAGCUCGCUAAGCAACUUACAAAUCUUUUCUGUGCCAACAUUCCACUUCUUCCAAAAUGGGGAAAAGGCUGCUGAAAUAGUCGGUGCUGAUGCUACGCAGCUGAAGAACACCAUGGAAAAGCUUUACAAGUAAAUCAGUUUGUGGGUCACCAAGUUUUGAAAUUAUUCAUGGUGAGUAAUGAAUUCGGUCAGAUGUGCACAUGCAUGUGUUCCGAUAGGUUUGUGCUAGCCUGCAAAUUAUGUUCUACUGAGCACAUGUAAGAGUGCAUGAUUUGUGGGACAAGUAUGACAGUGGAUAACAGAAUUAUGUAGGUCCAAGAUAGAUGUAUACAGUUUUUUUUUUUUCCCGUGUUGGCAGAUUAAAUGGACACAUGUUUCUAACGAAGAAUCUCCUCUAAAAAAGAAGCGCAUUUUUCAUUGCAC